ACGUGUUAAUCUAUAAACCGAAAGCUGUAUUCUUCGGCACCCAAUAGUUUCAUAAUAAUAACAAAAAAGAAGCUCAAAAUGAGCUCUUUUAAGCGUGACAAGAAAGAAGAAGAAGACAGCGGCGGUAACCCGUUUACAAACUUGGACAAAACGAGCGUUUUACAGGAGGCACGAUAUUUCAACGAAACUCCGGUGAAUCCGCGAAAAUGUUCACAUAUUUUAUCGAAAAUUCUCUUUUUAUUAAACCAAGGCGAAAAAUUAUCGACACAAGAGGCGACGGAUGCGUUUUUCGCUACCACGAAGCUGUUCCAAUCGAAGGACGUGAUGCUACGUCGUAUGGUGUACUUGUGUAUAAAAGAAUUGAGUAAACUCGCUCAAGAUGUGAUUAUCGUAACUUCCUCUUUAACUAAGGACAUGACUGGUAAGGAGGACCUGUACCGAGCUGCUGCUAUACGAGCGCUGUGCAGUAUCACGGACAGUACAAUGAUACAAGCUAUUGAGAGAUAUAUGAAGCAAGCUAUCGUUGAUAAGAACCCUGCAGUUAGUUCCGCGGCGUUGGUCUCUGCUUUGCACCUGUCAGCGACUGCACCGGAUUUGGUACGUCGAUGGGCGAAUGAAGCACAGGAAGCAAUCAACUCAGAUAAUGCAAUGGUUUCCUAUCACGCGUUGGGCAUCCUCGCGAACACCCGAAAAAACGACAAACUGUCUACCGUUAAACUGGUGACUCGUUUAACCAAGUCACCCUUGAGAUCACCGUACGCGCUAUGUCUCUUGAUUCGCUUAACUGCUCAGCUAGUUGAAAACGAUGACUCCGACGCAGCACAACCCUACAUAGAGUUUAUUGAGUGUUGCCUCCGCCACAAAUCAGAAAUGGUCAUCUAUGAAGCAGCUCAUGCAAUUGUUAACUUGAGAAAAACUGCUAGGGAUUUGGCACCAGCAGUUUCCGUUCUACAGUUGUUCUGCGGAUCAUCAAAAGCAUCCCUAAGAUUGGCUGGCGCAAGAACAUUAGCUAAAUUGACUAGCAAGCACCCGACAGCGGUAGCCGCGUGUACGGUUGACUUGGAAAACCUUAUAUCUGAUCCAAACCGAUCAGUAGCUACUUUAGCCGUAACUACACUAUUAGCAACAGGCGCAGAAAGCUCGGUAGAUAGACUGAUGAAGCAAAUAUCCAGUUUCGUAUCUGAAAUAUCAGAUGAAUUCAAGAUAGUUGUAGUCAAAGCGAUUCGACGUCUUUGUCAAAAGUUUCCAAAAAAACAUCAAUCAUUGGCGACGUUCUUAGCUGGUAUGCUGCGGGAUGAAGGUGGUCUCGAAUAUAAAGCGGCUAUAGCUGAUGCUAUAAUAACGUUGGUAGAGGAGAACCCUGAUGCGAAAGAGACUGGGUUAGCACAUUUAUGCGAAUUUAUUGAGGAUUGCGAGCACACAACCUUGGCCGUUCGUAUCUUACAUUUGUUGGGACGUGAAGGCCCAAAAUCUCGUCAACCGUCACGAUACAUUCGUUUUAUUUACAACAGAGUAAUAUUGGAGUCUGGUCCGGUUAGGGCAGCCGCAGUGUCCGCUGUAGCUCAAUUUGGAGCCCAAAGACCAGAACUACUUCCUAACAUAAGAGUUCUCCUUGCGAGAUGCGAAAUGGAUGAUGAAGACGAGGUCAGAGACCGUGCGAUCUAUUACAACGCCAUUCUGGAUUCAGGAGAUCAACAGUUGAUUAAUGAUUUUAUCAUAGAUGUCCCCAAGUCAAAUCCAAUUUUAUUGGAAAAAGCUUUAAGACAUCAUAUCGCUACAAAUCCAGAUGAACCAUUCGACAUAAUGACAGUUCCGAUGGAAGAAGAACAGAAGAAAGAAAAAGAUGUAGUAGAAAUAGAGGUACGCAAACCUAAAAUGAUGACUAUCGAAGAAAUUUACACAGUACAAUUGGCAAAAGUACCGGGUGUAGACUUACUGGGUCCACUAUUCAAGACAAAUAUACCGAUAGACUUGACAGAGGCUGAAACAGAGUAUAGAGUGCGCUUGUUGAAACAUAUCUUCGUUCGUCACUUAGUACUACAAUUCGAAUGCAUAAAUACGUUAAAUGAUCAAAUUUUGGAGCAAAUCUACGUGAGAUUGGAUUGCCCGCCUGAAUACGAAAUAAAGUCUAUCCUACCUUGCCAAAAACUGGUAUACAAUCAGCCUGGCAAUAUUUACGUUGUACUCGAGUUUCCCUGCGCCUAUCUAGACAGUUUGGGUACAUUUGGAGCAACAUUAGAAUUUAUUGUACGCGAUUGCGAUCCCAAUACAGGAGAACCCGAUCCAGGCGAAGGCUAUGCCGACACUUAUGCUCUAGAGGAGUUCAACAUUUUCUGCGUAGACCAAAUCAGACCGAGAACUAUGGGAGACGAUUGGGAAUCCACUUGGGAGAGAGCAACGAGUGUUACAGAAAUCUCCGAUAAUUUCUUUCUCCCGCAAUUAGAUCCAUCUGUUGCUGCGAAAUCGAUUAGCGAAGUUUUAGGCAUACCGAAGACUGGUAUAAUCGAUGGGGCUAUAAAGGAAAUAAGAGGAGGGGGCAUUUUUAGAGGAGGAGCGCCAUAUUUAGUGCAAGUUAAAAUAGCGCCUAGUAACGAGGGUUCGAGGAUGCAAAUUGCAGCCAGGUCGCCUCGUGAGGAUGUAGCAAGACUCUUACUGGCAGCAGUGGAGUAAAUUAGUUAAGGAAGAAAGUCAUACAACAUGAUGAUAUAAUCGAUGUGUAAUUGUUUCUAUGUAUUAGUAUAUAUACGAAUUAUAAAUUUAAUAUAUUGUUAGCAUAUAAGAUAUUCAUUGAUCGUUUUAUUAAAAAAUACGCAAAGCGUAAAAUAAAUAAUUUAUUUUAUUAAUCUUUAAAAUUGAACUGAACCUGUAAACGUCCCACCGCUGGGCAAUUUCCUCUUUUUCACGUAGUAUUGGAGCUUAACCCAAGCUGCUUCAUAGCAGAUCGAAUGUUAUUUUUCCUACCACUGGAAUGACGAUCAUGGACGUACCUAGAAUUUUGUGAAGAUGGGGCAAAAACAAAUAAAUGUAAAAACUCGAUAAGCUGUAGAAAAUUUAAUAUACUUUUUAUUUAGCACAACAAUAAUAGAAUAAGGAGGUUUUGGCUGCUGCAUUUUUAGUUUCGAGUCAAGGUGGGACAAAUGCUCUACCUUGUCCCAUUAUGGGUACGCGCAUGGUGUUUAUUAGAUGUCUCAGAUGAGGUAACAAACAGGGGCAGAUAAGAGCAGAUACAAAUACUGCUGCUGAGCAGGUCUCGAGCCCGCUGCCGCUGGCGUUAUGGCGGCGAUACACACCAAGACAUCAGAACUGUUGGCUCCAUUAAUAAUUACAAUUAUUUUACUACUAUUUGUGAACUGUAAUAACUUUAGGUGUCUAAUAUAAUAUAAGCAUUUAUUGCAGUAUUACAUGUCAUUCCGUAGUGUAAAUGUGAAAAAAUAAAUGUAGAAGUUCUGUAUUCGUGAAGAAAUGUAAUCGUAAUAAAAUUAACACGAUUAAAUAAACGAUUUGAAUUACA